AUGGGUGUGAAGAACCCUAGCCUAGGAUGGGAGAAGCUCAAGGAUGUAUAUUAUAGGAACAGGGAGUUAUGCCAAUUGAGCUUACCUAAAGAGGAUCAAUAUAAGCUAAUCAUUUCAACCACAGUUUUGGCUAUUGAAGUUGAGGAAUCCAUACGGGUUUUUCAGUACAAAGGCGAACAAUUGGGUGUAAUUGAACUGAACAAGCUACCCAGUGAACUUGUUUGCUAUGAGCUCGAUUCUUUUGAUGAGGGUUCAUUGGUGUUAGCUCUUUCGGAUCGUAUUAGGGUUUACCAUAAUUGGUCCCCUCUGCUGUUUCAAGACUUUUUGUUACCAGAUACCAUUCAAGACAAAAUUUGGGAUUAUAAAAACCGCGUUUUAGUUCUUUCAAGUUCUCAAGACUUAUUCUACUUUGACGGGCUGGGCCUUCAGGUUCUGCUCAAGAACACCGAGAACUUUACUCUGUUAACUAAGAACCAUUGGCAUUGUAAUGAAGACAUAGUAGUCCUUCUCGACCUUGAUCAUGUUUUCCACUUGAACAUCAAAUCUUUAGAGUUGGUGCCCAUGUUUAUGGGCGAGACUUGGCACACCGUGUCAGUUUCCCCGCGCGGACUCGUGUGUCUCUUUAACGCCAAAACCAAUGAACUCAGAAUUUAUAAAGAUUCAAAAACCAAACUAAUGGAGCUCAAUCUUGAAACUCAACCGAAUGAUAUGGCAUGGUGUGGAGAUGAUACGAUAGCUUGCGCCUUCAACCACGAAGAAAUCAGACUAUAUGGGCCGGACUCAGAAUACGUCACUUUUUGGUAUCCAGAUGAAAUUAUAGUGUUAAGGGGUGAAUCCAACGGUUUAAGACUGAUAACUAGUGAAAAAGUCGAGUUGAUUUCAAAGGUGCAGCAGUUUACGUCGAACAUAUUUUUAAUGGGCUCUACUGAACCAAGUGCAAUUCUUCUGGAUUCUGUGAAUCUGUUAUCUACCCAGGCACCUCGAGCCCUCGAAAAUUUAAAGAUCAUAAAUUUGGACCAAGGCGUUGCAGAAUGCUUGGAUGCUGCUCUUGAGGAAUUGGACCCCUACUGGCAAAAGAAGCUUUUGGCAGCAGCGGCAUUUGGGAAAAGCUCGCUUCCCAAAAACACCCAAUUGUCAAAAGUUUUUGUGGAAACAUGUAACAAACUUAGAGUCCUCAAUGUCUUAACAGAAAUGGGAAUAAUACUUACCUCAAGCAACCUUCUUGUUAUCACACUUGAUGGUUUGAUAGCACGACUUAUAAAAACCGGUAAUUUCUAUGAAUGUAUCCAAAUCUGCAAAUUUCUAAAGGAUCGUGGUAGACUUGCCUCCAUAUUCAAAUCUUGGGCCAAUGCAAAGAUCGCCUUUUCUGCUGAUUUAGACGACGAAGAUCUAUUUAAGGUGAUCAUCAGGCUUGCUGAAGGGUUGUCUGUCCAGCUGCCGUUGGCUGAAAUUGGACUUGCUGCUUUCUCUGAGGGAAGGCCUGCACUGGCUAAACAGCUGGUUCUUAAGGAGCCUUUACCCGAUCUCGAGCUUCCAUCACUUUUGGAGCUAGAUGAACACGAGCUAGCGCUCAAAGAAGGGAGACGAAGGGGGAUCCCAGGCAUGAUAAUGUCAAUUUUACUUAUUUUGCAAAAACAGUUGACUACUUCUCAGUUCACAAAAGUCAUCAUGCUUGUUAUGCAAGAUAAUCAGCUUUAUACUUACUAUGCGAGACAUGAUGAUGAAUUCUUGUUUGACUUUUACCGCCAAACAGACCAGUUAAGCAACCUUGCCCACCAUAUCUGGGACCAAGAAGUUCGGAACCAAAACCCUGCUGAAUACUUACGUCAAGUCGAAGAACUCUAUAACAGAGAUUCACAGGACAUUCUAAUCAAAAAUGAUCAAUCUCUUUUGCAUAGACAAUCUGAACUUUAUGAGUUUCAGAGAAGCAUAUCCCAUCUGCUGCAAGUAGAUCUCGAAAACAUGAACUUGGAUGGCACUAUAGAACUGCUCAUUAAAAUGAAACUGGAUAAACAGUUGAACUCGCUCAUUAAAAAGUUCAAGGUCACUGAUCGGAAAAUUUACCAUAUUAAGUGCAGGGUAUUAACGCAACAAGACAGGUUUGAUGAUCUCUUCAAGUUUGCGCAGGAGCGAAAAUCCCCAAUAGGCUACCAUCCCUUUUUCAAAUAUUGCUUGAAGCAAAAACGAAAGAAAGAGGCCGCUGUGUAUGUGCGCAUGAUAUCAGGAAUUCCUUAUGAGAAAAGAAUUGAAAUGUACCUGCGAUGCGAGUCUUACAAUGAUGCUAUUAACUUGGCCUCUAAGGAGAAAGACAUUCCAAGCCUCAAGAAUAUCUACAAGACAAUCCCUCCCAAUCAACCACAGCUGAAGGCUUUAGUAAAUGAAGCAAUGAGCAAAUUAUAA